AAGACAAUGUUUAAAGUUGCAUCAGAUUACGACACAUUAGAUACCAACAAUAUGGUGAUUGCUCCAAUUUGUCGCCAUAAUGUGCAUUACAGCAUGAAGGCUGAGCUGUUAGGGAAAUACCGCCAUUUGCCGUAUUGAGGACGGAUUUAAUGCUCGCUCAUCAUCGAUGAUCGUUUUAAAACCAACAGUUGGGUCAGAGCGGCCCUCAGAGCAGCCGCGGUCAGCCACUGAGGUCUAAUAUAUCAGGUUACGAUGUGCUUGUGGCUCAUAACGGCUUGCCUGGGCGUGUUGCCCGCCAACCCCGCGCCGCCCAACGUGAUCGUGGUGGGCCUGCCCACGCCCAUCCUGCAACCCGUCACGGUGGCCACCGCCGCCACGGUCGUCACGGUCACCGCCGCCACCGCCGCUCCCACUACCACGACCACUCCAAAACCUCCUGGUAACACGACGCCGGCCCCCCCGCCGCCUGUGACUAACCCGCCCACCACGGCACCUCCGCCGACAACCACGGCUCCUCCGCCGACCACCACCGCGGCGCCAGCCACGACCGUGCCGCCGCCGCCCCCCACAACCCAGCCGCCGCCGCCGACUACGCAGCCACCGCCGCCUGCGACCACCGGUGCGCCUACCACUAACACCCCCGUCACGGCGACCCCGCCGCCCGCCACCACCGCACCGGCGGCCACUAACCCCGCACCCACCGCAGGUGGACCUAACAUCAUCCUUAUAUGUAACGACCCUACUCAAGUGUGUGUUGCUAAUCCUGAACAACCCGUCACAGGCAUCUCGAUAGACCCUCGCCAGGGGACGCCGCCGCCCUCGGCGCUGCCGCUCGUGGCGUACAGCGCACAAGACUCUGCCGUUAAAUUCCCUAGAGAGAAGCGUAGUGCGAGGCUGCUGAUGAGGGGCGCCACCAACGGCACCCGGGCCGGGGGGAGGCAGCGGCGGCAGGCGGGGUGCACGUGCGUGCCCACCGGUACCUGCCCUACCAACACCAACUACGGCGCUGGCAUGAUAGACUUCAGGAUUGUAACACCUGGCAACAGCGGGCCUUGUCCGCAGGGGCAGGUGUACUGCUGCACGACGCCCGCCCCUGCGCCCGCGCCCGCGCCCACCGUGGCGUGUGGCACGCGCCAGGCCGUGCCCGCCACCGCCGCCGCCGGCCCGGGGCAGGCCGGCUUCGGGGAGUAUCCCUGGAUGGCAAUCAUCAUUACCAAUACAAAUGACUAUGUUGCCGGCGGCGUGCUCAUAGACCAGUACAACGUACUCACAGUCAUCCACCGCAUAUCGGCAUACAUAGUGGCAGGCACAACCCCGAACCUAAAAGUCCGACUAGGAGAAUGGGACGCAUCAGCCACCUACGAACCAAUACCAUUCAAGGAGUACACUAUCCGAAGAGUGUUCCAGCACCCGUCGUUCAACUCGGCGACCCUGCAGUACGACCUGGCGGUGCUGAGACUGUCCACUCCGGUGCCUUUCACGCCGGCUGCUGGCUCCGUGCCCAGUAUUAAUAGGGCUUGUCUGCCCGCAUCGUCUGCUACUUCGUUUACUGGACAAAGAUGCUACGUGACCGGAUGGGGCAAGAACGCGUUCAACCAGGGGGUCUACCAACAGAUCCUAAAGGAGGUGGACGUGCCGGUGGUGGACUCCAACUCCUGCCAGAACCAGCUGCGCGCCGCGCGGCUCGGGGCUAGCUUCGUGCUGGACACUAAUACGUUCAUCUGUGCGGGCGGGGAGAUGAAUAAGGACUCUUGUACGGGUGACGGCGGGUCCGGUCUCGUGUGCGAGGUGAACGGGCAGUGGACGGUGGCGGGGCUGGUGGCGUGGGGGCUGGGCUGCGCCGCCGCCACCGUGCCCGGCGUCUACGUCAGCGUGCCCGCGCUGCUGCCCUGGAUCCAGCAGCAACAAGCCACGGCAGCAUAGUAGGUUACAGUGUGAGUGAGAAAAAUGGAGCGCUUGUCGUGCCGUAUGUUAUAGUGUGUGACGUGAGGUGUAUUUAUUGAAUAAAGAAUAUG